AUGGGCAAAAGCAAUCAUGAUGGGAAGCCGAAGCUUCAAAAAACUAAUAAGAAGUGGUAUACAAGAAAACCUGGUACCUAUUUCUGUCUGCAAAUUAUGAUAUGUCAUUGCUAUAAAUCCUCAUUCGGAAAGUCACAUUCGAAUGUAAUGAAACGCACGUACCCUUAUUUGUCAACUGGAGCUGAAUGGACUUCGCAAGGUAUAAAUAGUGCAUAG